UUGUCAAUUGUCCCUAAUGUUUUAAUAAUCUUAAAUGUCAUGAAAAUUAAAAGAUAAACCAUAAUUAAUGUUUUAAAUCGUUUUUCUAUUAAUGUACAUAGAAAAAGCAAGUAACGAACUGUUAUUUCUAUUAAAUGAAUUAUGGAAACGGGUAAUAAACGUUCUCCAACGAGAUGUCGAGAAUGGGAGCGUCAAAGACGUUACAAAUUCAACGAUGCCCUUACAAAACUCGGGGAAAUAGUAAUAUCUAUAAACAAAGCCAGGGAUUUAAUUGGAAGUGAAAAUGUGCAAUAUCCAAAAGUUGAAAUAGUGCAAAAAGCUAUCCUAUGCCUCACCGACUGCACACAUGAACAAACACAACUAAAAGCUGAAAUUUUAGCUUUGCAAGUGGAACUUGAAAGUGUCAAACAUAAAAAACAAUACAAAGAUGCAUCACAUCAAGUUUAUAUUGAAGUAAAUAAACAGGAGACAGAGACACAAGUAGCUGUAAGCACAAAAGAUGCCUCAAUUCAAGUGUCAUCGGGAGCUAUUAGGAGAACUAAAAAUGGAAAGCAUAUGAAGAUGAAAAUUCUGCAGAAAACAAAACAAAAUGCUCUAAAGGAGAAACUGGUAGUCAGUAAUGUUGAAACAAAUGUGCAAAAUCCAAAAAUAGCUAUAAAGGAACCAAAAAUAUAUCCAAGAAUAAGCUUAGGAAAUGAAAAAGCCCCAGAAAACACCAUUGUUGUGCUUCCCGCUGCACCAUAUAUAUUCCCUCAAAGGCCUUUAUUGAUCCCUCCAAUGCCACCUACCAUAGUAUUAGUAAACCCAAAUAUGCAAUCAGUGAAUAGACAUCCUGUACCAGUGAUUGGUAGAAAUAAUAAUGGGGAUAUAACAAAAACAACUAUGGUCAACAUAUUGCCGAUAUCGGCAUAUUCACGACCUUUAUCCGUCGCGAAAAAUAAGAAAAGUACAGUAAAAUUAAAAAACGAAUGUGCCAAAAAAGUUGUAAAAAGAUCAAAGACAAGCGAAAAAAAUGCAAAAGAAACUAAAGUGGAUGAGGCCAAUACUGCUAAAAUAAUAGAUGAACCAAAUAAAGAAGAUAAAGCUGCCAAUGAUAACAAUAAACAAAGUGAAGAAAAUAAAAAUGAUAAAUCGUUAAAACUUGAUGAAAAUGUCAUGGAAGAUAAACAAACUAUCAAUAAUAAAGCUAACGAAAACGAAGAACAAACUAGAAGUCUUGUCAAUAAUGAAACAAAAGUUUCAAAGAGUAACGAGGAAAACAUUAAAAGUAAAUUGGAUAAAGUAAUACUUGAGACUCCAAAAUCCAAAGAAUCCACGGUAACUGAAACAGGUCCAUCUACGUCCACUACAAUUUCAAUGAUCACACUAAUGAAAACCAUGAGUGGCAAUGAUAAUAAAGAUGAAAGUACCAAGGUAAAUAAAGUAACUGAAAAAGGCACUCCGAUAGACGAUAGAGAUAAAGAAAACAAGCUGCCUACAAUUUUAGAUACUGCAUUAUGUGAUGGUAACGUUGAGGCUGGAAAUGCACGUCUUGAAUUAGCGGAAGAGUUUCUAGCCGCUUCACCAACCGCUGCUUUUCUUAUGUCAUUUCCUUUGGUUAGCGGAAAUAGAGCGGAUAGCCCAGCAGAAGAACAUCAACCUGCUCCACAAACUUCUAAAGAUACUAAUCAGUCUUCCACGCAGAGACGUAAUGAAUUAGUAAAUCAACCCACUCAAUAUUACGAAAAAACAGAUAAUAAUGAAUUGAAAAUUAAAUGUCCUAAUAAAACUGCCUCUUCAAAUACAAUUAAACAAACUGAUCAACAAAAAUAUGUCGCUCAGACAUCUAAUAAAGACUCUCAAUCAAAAGCUAUAAACACAACGACAUCAAGUACCUCAAACGAGAACCCAUUUCUAAAUCUACCGAUGCCAUCACUAAUAUCGACUAAUUGUACAACAGCAGAUACUACAUUUGGGCUAGAAUUUGAUUGCAAUAUAAAUAAAACUUUGCCAAGUCAAUCAUCUAGUCUUGUGAGUAAUGGCAAUUUGUUCUAUAAAGGUGAUCCAUUUAGUACUGUUAAAAAUAAUAUUUACAGUUCAAGCAAUAUUACUUCUUCUCAUGAUUUCAAUACUCUAGGGCUAUAUCCGUGUGCUAUGGAAAAGUACACGACCAAGAAUAAAUCAGACUUCACAAACGUAGAAGAUAAUAUCAUGAAGAUGGGACCAUCAAGAUUAACAUAUGAUAUAGACUUGGGCUGGUCGCAUAAAAGCUUUGAUUUUGUUACAUGUACCACAACUUCAAAUACAUUUAGUAAAGAUAUUUUAACUACUGUGUCCGCGCCAUACUCGACGGCGUACAAUCCGUUUAAUCCAGACUUUCAUGUUCCCUUAGUCACAAACUCAAGUAAAAAAGAAAACCCAACAAACAAACCUGUUACGUUUGCUGAAACUUUUACCAGUUUUUAUUCUCAGUCAACUAAUCUGUGGGCAGAAGAUGUUCCAUUUUACACAAGUAAUAGUGGCACUAAGAUUCUACCAAAACAUCAGAAUUAUUUACCUCUAGAACACAUUCAAUCCAAUAUUAAUCCUAAAAAUAACGAUACUAAGUCCUAUCAAUCGAAACAAAAUGUCGACACAGGCUUGAAUACGGGGACAAAAUCAAAUGCAAGCUUACAAAUGUCGGAAAAAUACACAAAAAAAUCGUCUAAUAAAAUGCACAUUAACUGGAUGACAUCUGAAAUAAGACCAAUGCAAAAUAAUUGCACAACAGUACACUGUGAAGCUAAAGAUGCAAAUAAAAUAACAUUUAAUCAUUCAGAUCAAAAGUCUUCAUACAGCAAUCUGGAAAACGCAUCCAAAAAACAAGACCUUGAAAGUAACUACUUUCCCUUAGCAAUGCAUAAUUUUACUACGCAAACUGCCCAAGAAGAUUUGCAAAUAUGGCCUCCAGCAAGACCCUUAGGAACCACUGAAAUAAGUAUAGAACCUCCUCCCAUGAACUUGCCAACAUUAGUUGGCGAUUUGGCAUUAGGACCACACGAUAAAAAGAAAAAUUUAGACGUAAUAAAUAGAACACUGCCGCAUAGCGAAAUUAAUAACUGCGGGAAUUUCCUAUCUGUUACACAACUAAUGAACCGUUCAACGGAUACUAUGCAUUCUCGUUAUCAACCAUCCAAUGUGGAAACGUCUAAAACAAUUCCUACAAAAGAAAAUGUUUUGCAUUUCACAAACGAGAGUAAUCGUAAAAUCAUGAAUUCUCGGCCAGAAAAUAAUUUAGCUCAACCUUGCUACGCGUUAAAUGAACCAAAAUUAGUCCAACCUUAUGAAACUAAUAUGACCCAUUUUUCACACACAAAAGCAAAAACAAAUAAUAAACCAGAGAAAAAUUCUAAAUCACAUAAAAAUAAUUAUUCUGCUGAAGCUUUAAUAAGAGGAGGCAGUUGUACUCAAAAAAUACAAGAUCCAAGUGGCGCGAAAUUUAUGAUGACGACACAAAAAUACAAUGAUUUCAACGCUACGCAAGACAGUAGCAUAGCACAAGUGUCUCAUUUUCCGCCGAUCAUAGAUUAUUCUGAUAACGGUUAUGCCGGUCAACAAUUUUCUGGAACGACCCUGUAUAAUGCCACUACCAACACGAUAUCCAAUUCUUUUUAUUCAAAUUUUAUGCCAGGAAGCAGCAAUUUGAUGUCCAGUAAUUAUGCAAGCGGAGCUUUUACAAGUGACUAUAUUGAUUAUAAUCAGUCAGCUGAAUGUAAUUAUACCAAUCAAAAAUAUGAGGAAUUAAAAGUAAAAAAUAAUUUAACCACAUUCCACCAAGAUAAAAUACCUUCAAAUUAUAAAAGUUCCAGAAGAGAAUCCGCCACGAAACACAAGUUGGAAUGUUCCAAAAAAGAGUCUAACAAGAAAUACCAAAGCAAGAGAGCUAAACCAAAUGUAGAAGGAGAGGAUUGGAAUGACCCUUCGCAUUUGUUAUGGCAAAAUAAGGUAGCCAAUAAGAGGCAUUCGAAUCUAACGUCAGAAGAAAUACAUUUCCCAAAUUACGUGAGCAAUCAAAUGAGUACACAAUACCAAUCCGAAUUCUUUAACAGCCAUCUCAUGCCGUCCAAUAUGCAAAGCGUCGGACACAACGUCGACAGAACACUUUCUACUUUCCCAGUAACUUCUCGGGCUAAUUUCAACCUGAGUACAAUUUUCCCGGAAAUUGCUAUGAAAGUGCAAUGAUGACACGCCUGCUAGUAACAGAAGAAGAAAAAGGAGCCAAGCGAGCAUCAUCGAGAAAUAAUAUUAAAGCACUGUAAAGAAAAUUGUUGCAAGACAUAAGUAAUGCACAGUAGAAACUAAAUGCACACAAUACGAAAAGUUAAGUCAAGCAGACGUGGUGCGUGUGCAAUGUUAUCGGGGACGUAGCUACCGACAUAUAUGCCG